ACGCGGUGCCCGAGCCGGCAGCAUCGUUUCGCUACUCGCGUGUCUCCUACGUGUCGAUACGCAGGAUGUCGAACGGUCGAGAUAAAAGGACACGGUGAAACCCCCCAGUGCGUGUAUAUCCUCCUCUUUGUGUGAUAUGUGAUAACUCGUGAACGGUCCUCUUCUUCGACGAGAUACAUACCCGCCACCAUGAAUCCCUCACUCGCUCUAAGGAAUCUGCUGGUCACUAUUUGGUUCACAACGGUCGAUGUUAGAUCAGCGAUAAUGCCACCGCCAUGGGCAGAUCCCUCGAGUAAUCCUUGCGCCGCCCAACCACGUGGCUGGCAAUUGUUAUUUUGGCCACCGGAUGGAAAGUGUUACAAAAUAUUCCAGAUCGGACCACCGUGUCCAGAGACAAUGGAACUGGGACCAGCUGCAGGUGGGGGCGGAACAGUGGCAGAAUGCAGAUGCCCACCUGGAACUGCACAGUCUCCCAGAGAUGCUCUCUGCCAUUUGAUAUACACAAGAACAUCCUGUCCAAGGGGACAGUUCUUUGCUCCGGUACCAGAAAUAUCUGGAAAAUCUAGAUGGGGUGUCUGCCGCGACCCAGAACCGUGCCCGGAACAAGGAGAAGUGUAUUGGCCUAGGGAUAACAAGUGUUACCCAAAAUUCACCAGGGGACCAUGUCCGAAAGGUGAACUUCUUACUGUAGACGAAGAUGGACUGGCAGUGUGUUCCUGUUCAACGACAGGCGAACUUGGAAGGUAUCACUGGCCAGGAAGCAUAGGAGGCUGCCAUGAACAUUAUACUAAAGGUCCAUGUACAGAACCCGGAGAAUUAUUUUUACCAGGCAGUGUAUGUGGUUGCCAGCACGAACUACCUCAUUAUCAUGAGCCAACAGGAAUGUGCUAUCAGUUAGGUGGUAUUGGUCCAUGCUUAAAAGGACAUCAGUUUGUUAUAACGAAUACAAUAGCCAACGAAGACACUGUUCAAGCUCGAUGCAUUUGUAAACCGGAUCAUGUACUCUAUGACGAUGGAUUCUGCUACAGACUCUAUACAAGAGGACCCUGCGAACAUGGUCAUAUGUUAAUAAAUUCAACUACAUGUGUGCCUGUACCUUGUAAACGAGGACGAUUAUAUUUCCCUGAAGAGAAAACGUGUUAUAAAGUGGGCACGAAGGGACCAUGCCCAAGUGGCCAGAUUGUUUUGUACGAUCACAAUGUCCGACCAUCCAUCGAUGGAAUCAGUUACAAUGGUGUAUGUGGAUGCACCAAUGCGCUUAGAGACUCCGAAAAGUGCUCGGAAGACAAUAAUAACAGUUGCGAGUCAACGCCAGGGAUGGUGGUGAUAAAUAAAACGUGUUACAAAUUGUAUACGCAGGGCCCCUGCACGGCAGGCGAAUGGUUGGUCGCUAAUAGAACACCGAAACCAACUUUGUGGAAAAACGAGGAAUCGGAACCGAGAGCUAGGUGUGAAUGCAGACCUGGUUACACGAGGAUGACAGAAAGUUCAAAAGUUUCUGAACUAGAAAGUAACAAUCUCCUUUCUCCGGGUGGCUGUCAGCCACCUACAGUCAGUUUAGCGAGGUUUCUUAAUGAAAGAGCGAAGUCAAUCAAUGUUUAAGUAAAAGAAAGACUAUAUACGCCCAUAAAUACGUCCGUGAUAUAAAAGCUGAGCUGCUUGUGUGCUGAAAAAUGUGUGUAAAUAGUGUUGUACAAAUACUGCGCGUAAAAAGAACUUUUAAUACUCCCGCCUAGAUGUCAUAAGUAUUCCUAUUUAUUUUAAAAAGCAUUUUUAUGCGGAGCUUUUUUCGAAAAGUCCAGCUUUGUACACCAC